GGCGGCCUCUUGCACCACGUUAACAUAAUAAAUUUCCCGCUGUUUUAAUUUAUGCGUGACGUCAUUUCCGCCUCCCUCUUUCCCCGUACCGCGCCAUCAUGGGUCGCAUGCACGCUCCCGGAAAGGGCCUGUCUCAGUCAGCGCUGCCCUAUCGCCGGAGUGUGCCAACAUGGCUCAAGCUGACUUCCGAUGACGUCAAGGAGCAGAUCUUUAAGUUGGCCAAGAAGGGCCUCACGCCAUCUCAGAUCGGCGUGAUCCUCAGGGACUCGCACGGAGUGGCCCAGGUGCGCUUCGUCACUGGCAACAAAAUCCUGCGAAUCCUCAAGUCGAAGGGCCUGGCCCCUGACCUCCCCGAGGACCUGUACCAUCUCAUUAAGAAGGCCGUGGCCGUGCGCAAGCAUCUGGAGCGCAGCCGCAAGGAUAAGGAUGGCAAGUUCCGGCUGAUUCUGAUUGAAAGCAGGAUCCACAGGCUGGCACGCUAUUACAAAACCAAGCGUGUUCUGCCGCCCAACUGGAAGUAUGAGUCAUCCACGGCUUCUGCUCUGGUCGCCUGAGUCAGGAAUUUGUUUCAAUAAAGCAUUUGGCUCACAAGAUCACACCA